GAAACAAAGAAAGAAAACAAAAGUCGUUCAGACUGAACCAUUAAACCCAUCCCGUGCAAAAAAGAAUGGCAUCCUGGUCAUCAGCUCCCAAAGCCACCCCCUUUGCUCAAAAACGGAACAAGAACGUUGACCCCUGAACAACCCCUUCCAGCGCAAAAAAUCUAACAGAACAUCAACCUGCAAGCUCCUGUUCUCGUAGAACAAAACGGAAAAGGAAUGGGUGAUUUUUUUUAAACACAGAAUAUAAAAACCAUGUUUGAAAGAGUCCAUAGUCCCUAAACACAGAACCAGCAUUCUAUCCUCCAACAUCACCGACAUUCAUUGGAAAAGAGGGACGUCACAUGAGGCAGAGGCCGACCUACCUGCCACAGUAUUUAAGAUAUAUGUUGGGUAAAGGAGCUAAACGAAAGUUUAGUGAAAAUGAAGAUGGGAUGGAAGGCAAAGUGUCCUCUGGGCAUGGUUCUUCAAAGGUGUCUUACACAUUACAGCGUCAAACCAUUUUCAACAUUUCCCUCAUGAAACUUUACAAUCAACAGCCUUUAACAGAACCCAGUUUGCAGAAGACAGUAUUAAUCAACAAUAUGUUGAGACGAAUUCAGGAUGAACUAAAGCGAGAAGGUAGCCUGAGGCCUAUGUUCAUCGCCCCUUCUCAGUCCACUGACACUCUCAAUGAUAAUUACAGAGAAGUCCAGCCAGCAUUCAGCCACCUUUCUGCUCCUCCAAUCCAAGCCACAAGUUUGGUAAGCUCUACGUCACCAGACUCCUGCCUGACACCAGCCUCCUUGCUCGAGGAGGACACCUUUAGCAGCUCUCUGGACACAAGCAAAUCGCCAGCCCUGAAAGAUAGUUUCUCUUCUGCGUUGGAUGAAAUCGAGGAGCUGUGCCCAACCUCCACCACCACUGGCGCAAAAAGCUACAAAAGUGACACAAGUGAGACCUGCAGUCAGAAGCCUGAGGAGGUGCAGGAGAAUAAGCCAUCUGAAACAAAACUUGCAGACCCAUUGCCCGGCAACUUUGAAAUCACCACCACAGGGUUUCUGACCGAUUUGACACUUGAUGACAUCUUGUUUGCAGACAUUGACACCUCCAUGUACGACUUUGAUCCUUGCACACCUACCACUGGACCUAGUGCAAAAAUGGCCACUGUCACUGCAGAUGAUAUCUUGAAAACCUUUUCUCCAUACAGCAAUCAAUCAGUGACUCCAAGUCCGCCUUUUAAAAUGGAUCUUGCUGAACUAGACCACAUUAUGGAGGUGCUCGUUGGGUCUUGAUAUGACAAAAAAAGACUAGUUUUUUGAUAUAUGCAGUUUAUUUACAGAUAUCGUUCAUCCUUUAUUGUUUUAAAUGUGAUGCAGUCGCUACAACUUUUACAAGUGUGCAUGCAUUUUAGUCUAUAUAAAAUAACAAUUACACUAGUUAUUGUUUGCAGUAGAGUUGGGAGUGUCUUCAUCUGUGUAUGUCCACUUGUAGGGUUUUAAGUGUUACUUUUGUUCAUCACUGAUUUGUUUCAGAACAAUCUCUGAACACUUGCUGAAAGCAAGGUUGUCUUCACACACAGUAUCAUGGCAAUUCUGAAGUAUUGUGCAUUGAAUACACCAAGCACAAAGGUAAUGUCAGAAUUAUUAUGAAAUGUAUACAUGUGAGUUUUUUUUUAAUUUAAGGUAAACUGGGCCCUCUCUGCAAGCCUUGACAUUCUUCCUAUAUGUUUCAGUUCAGCCAUUCAUUACAAAGCGACAGUUGCUGUUUUGAACCUGCUCUUUGGGUUUAUUUUAUAUUUUUGUACAGGAUCUGCAGUUGAUCAUAUUGUUUUAUAAAAUGCUGUUUUUAUACACCGGAUAGCUAUUUUGAUAGGAUGUGCUGUCACAAUACUCUGCUAAAUUCAGAUGAGCAAGAAUACCUUGUACUUUUAUACAAAAAGAUAAACCGAAUGUUUGUGUGCUGGAUUUGAGGGGAGUGUAAGAGUAACUGAAGUUCUGAGUGGAUCUCAAGGCUGUUCGUAUGCAGAUUUGCUUGAAGGAAACGUUUUGGGCAGAGGAGAUGUACUUUAACUGGAUUCUGAAGAAUGGACCUUUAAUUGUUAUUUAUUUUCCUCUUAACAUCAUUAAUGCAUCCACUUACUUAGCAGCAUCCCAGUGUGUUCCUUGAAAGUGUGGCAUCUUGUGUGUGGCUGAGAAUUUUGUCGUUUAGUUCAAAACCAAAAUUUCUAGUUUGCAGCCUAGAUGAUGUUAGAGAAAGGCAUCUCUGCUACUCACUAUUUAACUAGACUCGUUAGUGCCUGUUUAAAACUUCCUGCCCCGUAAACAGUUGGAAGUGUGAAUUGAUAAUGAUGUGUUACAAGCAGCAAGCAACAGGGACCUCAGUGAAUAAUGGGACCAAUAGUCUUACCUCCUCAAAUGAACAGGUUGAAGGAUUGGGAAAUAAACCAAAAAAAAAGGACUGGAAAGGAUGGUGAAACUUGGCAAAAUUUGAAAAGAGGAACAAAAAUUGAAUUACUGGAUUAUAUCCAAAAGGAAAGAAAAGAUGAGCAAAAUUUAAAGUUUAAUAAAAAACAGUAUUGUAAUUUGACAUUUUUAAAAAUCCUCCCAACAAUAUUUCAUAACCUGAAAGAAUGGAACUCAUUCUUUUUAAUUACAUUCACCUUCUGGGCCAGAGAGCUUGACUGGCAUUAACAUUUCCCACGGUAUUAACAAUGCACGCUGAUUAUUACCAGAGUUAACUUUACACAGUGGGUCUGAUAGAUAAUUAAUGGAUUAAUGUAGCAAAUUCAAAAACACUUAAAAGUUGAACCCUAAGUGCCAUUUUUUUUUCUGAAGAUCUAAUGGUGGAGUGGAGUAAAUCACUCAGCAACUUGUACAGUGUCCGAUGGAUGGGGAAUCUUCCUCAUCACAUUGCUGUGCAAUUUAUGUGCUAAUAUAGGUAAGUAUCAUUCCCACAGCUAAUCCGAGUCUUUCUAUCUGUUUAUCCCUCUCCCACUCUAAAUUCAUUCAUUACCUCCUCACAAUCCGCUUUAACCCAUUUGUCCAAAAACAAAACUGUCUCGCUUCUUCUCACAUUGUAAACACGUCCAUUCUGCAUCUGUGUGACAUCUGAUCUCCAAAGGACAUUGCAUCUAUGCAAGUGAAUGAAAUGAAAGUUACCAGGUAAACACAACAAUUUGGUGCUAUGUUGUGAGCUUUCAAUCUGUGAAGCAGGAAAGACCUAACAAAUCAGAUUUUUAAUUCCACAGCUAAGUCUGAGUGAGGUAAAUCUAGCCCCCUCUUUUUUUACUUCAGAUAUAUUAAUAAAUCACACUGUAUGAAUGUAUCUGCUUUUGGGGAAAAAAUAUAUAAAAGGAGAGUUGUGAAGUAUCUUCAGACUGCAGAUCCGUUUGCUCAGUCUAUAAAGUGCGUCAAUAUGGUGAGGCUGAUGAGUUUUUUUUUGUCAAAAGUAGUGAAUUUAAAGAGGUCCAGGAAACUAGCAUUAGACUAGACUUCAUCUGUUUUGUGAAACAAAGUACUUAUUCUCCAAUCCAUAUUUAAUUUUGAAAAGUGUAUGUAUGAUAUCAGUAUAACUGUUGUUAGGAGUGUAUUCACUGAGGAUACGCCCUUCACUUCAGUAUUACUGUGAGUUAGUACAAAUCUUUCUGCUUACAGACUGGAGCAGAACUUAGCAACUGAAUAAACCUCCUUCAAGCCUCUGAAACUAAAGCCAGCCUUAUAACAACAUUUGCGAUUCCAAUUUGACUGGCUUUUUGAGAUUCAUCCAUUAAAGCAAGAUUUUAUAGGGGAUUUCUUCUGCCCCCUCCCACAUUUUCCUCCCCCCUCAACAUUUCUUUUGUCCCCUCCCCAAUGUUUAUCAUAUAUAAUCAAGAUAAUCAAGUUUCAGGUAAAAGCAGAUCUCUAUGCAUGACUCUUACACUGAGUGUAAUAAUGCUUUGAAAGCUUAUGUUUAAUCACAGACAAGUGUAUUUAAUAAUUGUCUGGUAAAUUGCUUUGAAGUAAUUGGAAUGCCUCAUACCUGCUGUCAACUAUAUAACACCAUUCUUGUUUUUUUUAGUUUUGUGUUUCUCUUCAUUGGUACCGUAGCAAUUGUGUGUAGAUUACAACCUAUAUUGCAAUGCAUAUGGCUAAUUUAGGAGUAAGUCUUUAAAUUAAUUUAUUUAAGAAUUUUAAAUUAUGUUUUAUGUUCUGCCACAUUAUUAUCUGUUUUAAAUCCUUCUCUUGUUCUUGCAGUGGAAAUGAUUAUUUGCAGUAACUGUGACUAUACUUGGAUUUUCAUUUUGCAGAUUUAAAACCUUUCACAAACAAAAUGAAGGAACAGCUAGUGAUUUGCUUAACUUGGCACAGUUUCCAUUGAUUGGAAGUAAAAAGAGUCUUUAUGUUUACAAAUCGUGCUUUCCCCUCAAAACCUGAAGUGGCCACUUUCAGUAAUUUAUAAAAAUAUAAAGUAAGGACUUUCUAGUCUUGUUUGAUAUACAUUGGUAUAUUAUUAAACUUUGUUCUCAGUAAACAACAAAAAUUACUCCAAUAAAUUCAAUGCAACUUAUAUCAUGUCUGAUCUUUUGAUUUAGAUGGGAAGAGGUAUUGGAAUUCCAAACUUAUCUUUCACUUUAUUGGGUAUAUUUUUAAAGCCCUCAAAGAUGGCCACUUAGAAAUUAUACAUGUAUAUAAAAAUAUUUUGUGUAAAUUGUACAGUGUAUGGACAGAACUGGUAGAUACAGUAUAAACUAGGACCUGAGAGUAACAUCUCAUUGGUUGUUGGAAGGUAACAAGGAAUGAACAGAAAAAACUUUGGUUGAGCUGUGAUAUUUCCCACACCUUAUUUAUUCUUUGUGUAAAUAUAUUUAUUUUAAUGAGUAGCUAACAGACUCUGCAAAACGGAUUAUAAUGUGUACAGAAUGUAUGUAUAGUAAGAAUUGUAUUCAGCUUUUGGAAUGUACAUUUGUGUGGACGCGUAGAAGCUGUAUUCAAAGAUUGAAAUGCCUCUGCUUUCUAUGAUGAGAGUGCUUCUCCCUUCUGCCGAGGCUGAAACACUGCAAUUUGCCACAGAUCCUGGAGCUGUGCCUUUUUCUAUGCAAUAUUUCAAACAUAUACGUCUGAAAGCAAGGUUACUGUAUUCACAUAAUUACAACUGUAAUUAAAUCCAAUUGAAGAAAUGUAAGUGAAAUUGAGCAGUCUUACUUUUGUAGUUUUAUAUUCAACAAUAAACUGUAAA